CAGCUUAGCUCUUGAGAGUUACUGCGCAGCGGCGAACUUCUGUGUUAAGGUGAUACAGCCAGGAGCCCGGUACGAGACAGCGAAGCAAAUAGGAAACGCCAGAACUAUUCAAGAUGGACAAUUCUGAAAUGGACUCUGGAAAAGAUUCAAUGGAGAAUGUCGUAGAAAGUGAAUCUGUCUUCAGUAUGUUAGACCUAUUUCUGUUUUCCCUUAUUGCUGGGCUUUUGAUUUACUGGCUUGUAUUUCGCAAGAAGAAAGAGGAAAUCCCAGAGUACAAGAAAAUCCAAACACAGACUCCUGCUGUAAGAGAGACAAGUUUUAUUGAAAAGAUGAAGAAAACGGGUAAAAACAUAGUUGUGUUUUAUGGUUCUCAAACUGGAACGGCUGAAGAAUUUGCAAAUCGCCUUUCCAAAGACUCCCAUCGUUACGGAAUGAGAGGAAUGGCUGCAGAUCCUGAGGAGUAUGAUAUGUCUGAGCUGUCUCGUCUUACUGAAAUUGAAAACUCACUUGCUGUCUUUUGUAUGGCAACAUAUGGAGAAGGAGAUCCCACUGAUAAUGCUCAAGAUUUCUAUGAUUGGCUACAGGAAACAGAUAUUGACCUGUCUGGUGUGAACUAUGCAGUUUUUGGCCUAGGCAAUAAAACCUAUGAGCAUUAUAAUGCCAUGGGAAAAUUUGUUGACAAGAAAUUUGAAGAACUUGGUGCACGCAGGAUAUUUGAUCUUGGUUUGGGAGAUGAUGAUAGCAACCUGGAAGAAGACUUUGUCUCAUGGAGGGAGCAGUUUUGGCCAGCAGUUUGUGAGCAUUUUGGAGUUGAAGCAACAGGAGAUGAAUCAAGUAUCCGACAGUAUGAGCUGGUUGUCCACAGCGACAUUGGUUUAAACAAAGUAUACACAGGAGAGAUGGGACGGUUAAAAAGCUUUGAGACCCAGAAACCACCUUUUGAUCCAAAGAAUCCAUUCCUUGCUUCUGUAUCUGUGAAUAGAAAACUAAACAAAGGAGGCAGUCGACACCUUAUGCACUUGGAACUUGACAUUUCUGGCUCCAAAAUCAGAUAUGAAUCUGGGGACCAUAUUGCAGUUUAUCCAAUGAAUGAUUUAACAUUGGUAAAUCAAAUUGGAGAAAUACUUGGCGUAGAACUUGAUACUAUAAUCUCUCUUAACAACCUUGAUGAGGAAUCCAAUAAGAAGCAUCCUUUCCCAUGUCCGACAACAUAUAAAGUUGCUCUAACGCAUUACCUUGACAUUACCAAUCCUCCUCGCACCAAUGUUCUUUAUGAGCUGGCACAGUAUGCAACAGAUCCCAAAGAUCAGGAGAUGAUGCGCAAAAUGGCAUCUUCAUCCGCAGAAGGCCGGGCACUUUAUAAUUCCUGGGUAUUGGAGGCCAGAAGAAAUAUUUUGGCAAUUUUGCAGGAUAUUCCAUCUCUCCGACCCCCUAUUGACCAUCUGUGUGAGCUGCUACCACGCCUACAGGCCCGCUACUACUCUAUUGCCUCCUCAUCAAAGGUUCAUCCUAACUCUAUUCACAUCUGUGCUGUUGUGGUGGAAUAUGAGACCAAGACUGGCCGUAUAAAUAAGGGUGUUGCAACUAACUGGCUCAAGAACAAGGUUCCAGCUGAUAAUGGUCUCAAGUCUACUGUGCCAAUGUAUGUACGGAAGUCUCAGUUUCGGUUACCUUUCAAAUCUAACACACCUGUCAUUAUGAUUGGUCCUGGGACUGGAAUUGCUCCAUUUGUUGGAUUUGUACAGGAAAGAGCUUGGCUCAAGCAGCAAGGUAAAGAGGUGGGUGAAACUGUUCUAUAUUAUGGAUGCCGUCAUAAAAAUGAAGAUUAUCUAUACCAGGAAGAGCUGGAGCAGUUUGAGAAAGAGGGGGUGCUUACCAAACUUAAUGUGGCAUUUUCUAGAGACCAGCCUGAGAAAGUGUAUGUACAACAUUUGCUGAAAAGAAACAAGGAGCACUUGUGGAAACUGAUCAAUACAGACAAUGCCCACAUUUAUGUCUGCGGGGAUGCACGGAACAUGGCCCGAGACGUACAGAACACUUUUUAUGAUAUUGUGUCAGAAAUGGGGACAGUGAGUCAUCCUCAGGCUGUGGAUUUCAUCAAGAAGCUCAUGACCAAGGGACGCUACUCGCAGGAUGUCUGGAGCUAAACUGGAGUGGGGAAAAAAUUCCCUUUCCUAAAUACUUCAUGGGUUUUUUUUUGGGGGGGGGGGGGGGGGGUAGAUGAUUUAAAAUGUCAGUUGGUACCACAGCUGGAGAAUUUACUAUAGCAAUGCAAAUAUGGUAUGGCACUGAAAAGAAAUGGAACAUAAUUUUAAAUUAGUUUUCAUUUAUAUCCGAUUUUAAUAAAGGGGACAUUGUAAUACUAUAUAAUAAAGAUGCCGAUUUAUGAAUAUUUGAAACAGAUCUGCCAAAAUCUCUAGAAUUCUAUAUUUUUUUUUGGACAACUUUAAAUCCAUUAGGCAAUAUUCACAUUGAAGCACAUCAUCUAAUGGUAUUUGCAUAACAUAACAUACAGUGUCAUUGAUCUUAGAAGUCUGUAGCGCCCACUCCAUGGUAUAAAAUAUCAGAGCUUUUAGUCGUGGGGCGAGUGGUUUCUUUGGAACAAGGUGCUGUGAUUCACAAGUGAAAACUACCUGUCUGUGUGCAGAUAAUGUAAGACUUUUACACUGAUGUCAGGAGUUCAACUUUUUCCUUUUUAUUUAAAUUCAAGGACAAUGAAAAGUAGCUAUGGCUUUAACAUUUUUUAGUCAAGUGCCUUUUUAGCCUAUUUUCAGUCUUUGUAAUAUUAGUUGUGGAUCAUAAAGAGUGACCUUUCAGCUGCUUCAGUUUGAGAAGUUUAAAUUGUGCACGUUUUUGGCUCUUUGUUUCAAUAGUCUGCGAUGUAACAGACUAGUCGCCACAUGGUGCUUCUGGUGACUUUGUUAAAGGGACUCAUUUUGUGGAUUCCUGUUAAAUGAAGAAUGUUUUACAUCAACUAACCUGAAGAUCUACCGAGGUUGAUUUGCGAUGACAGUAACUGAGCAGAUGAAAUGCUGCGGUUGGGAAUAUUACUUUUAAAUGACAAUUCUAAUAUUCAUAUAAUUACAUGUCACUUUUCUUGCAUAUGAAUAUAACCUGAGCCUCUCCAGCUGUAUUUUAAUCUUUCUAAUUAAUUUUGGAUAUUUAACCCCAAAAGAUUUAAUUUAAUUAAAAUGCAACGCACCUUACUUGUCUAAUACUUCUAAACUAAUUAAUUUAUUUUUAAUACAGAACAUCACGAAUGUAUAGACAAGUCAAUACAGAACAGAAAACCAUGACCAAUCAAUGUGCAAAUGAAUCUGGGAAAGAAAGGUCAACCAUCUUAUUUGGCCAUCACUUUACCCUGCCUCACCACGUGCUUGCUGCUUUGGUGGGAUGUGUUAAAGAAAACAUUUUUUUGGAUGGGGGCCCAAAUUAUGUUGUGCAUUGUACCCUUUACUAAUGGAUUUAGAACUGUAACAACAAGGUUGAAUGCAGUGUGUAAUACCAUUGAUUAUGGAAUUUUAACAGAUCAUGAAUUUUACAACUGUCUUGUACUUAAUUAUUCUUUAGAUUGUCUAUAUGUUUUUUGACUUAUUUUGUCUAAUUUGUUUUCUGUCACUCAUUUUAGACUUUUUAAUAUGAAAACAAAUGUAAAUUUUCAAAAAAUAAACAUUUCUCCUUUCACAAUACCAAAA